AAGCAAAAAGUAGAAACAAAUUUAUUAGUUAACUAUGAGUUCAUACCUUCUAAUAUUGCCCAUGCUAAUGUCCGUAUACGGCUUAGGUAUUCCAAGGCAUAAAAAUAUAAUUAGAGAUAUAAAUGAAGGCUACGAAAGUCAGAAAAGAGAAGAUAUAAGCACUAUCAAUAUGAGAUAUGGAGUUUUCUCUGAUAUGAAGUUUAAAGAUGGUAAUAAACGUGCAAUGCCAACAUUAUGGAUAAGUAGGUUUGGGCUACCACGAGUUCCCUACAAAAUUCAAAUGACACCUGGAUAUGAUUUUAGUGAUGUUAUUAAAAAGGCUAUUGGUAUGUUGAACUCUUAUAUGACAAGUAACUUGUGUAAAACGAAUCCUGCUGUUUGGGUUCCUCACACUAAAGAACUAGAUUAUGUUUAUUUUACAUCUGUACCAAAUAAAGGAUGUUUUAGUUCUGUUGGUAGAGUUGGAGGACAACAACAAUUGAACAUUGGAAUUGGAUGUAAUUAUACAGGGAUCAUAUUGCACGAAAUGCUUCAUGCUAUGGGUUUUUUACAUGAACAAAAUCGAUGUGACCGUGAUAUAGCAGUAGAGAUUAUACUCCCAAACAUACAAAAAGGUUUGGCAAGUGAGUUUGUUAAAGACUAUUCAAGAAGACAAUUUUCUUCAACUUAUGAUAUAUUUUCAAUCAUGCAAUACCAAUUAUGGUCUUUUGGUAAAUAUCCAUUCCAAAAUCAAUCUGAUUAUACAGAGUCAAGAAAAACUAUUAGAAUAAAACCUACUUUCAUAACUCUGACAAAAGAUCAGGAGUUCAGCAUUGGGAAUGAGGAUGACUUAAGUGACACAGAUAAAAAUGAGCUUAAUAUCAUGUAUGGAUGCUUAGUUUCUCCAUGUACUGUUGGUUGUGAUGGCGUUUUAAGAUGCGCAGGUCCGCCAAAUCCUGCAAUAACAACGAUGAGACCAACAACUACUACUACCACCAAAGCCACCAUAAAAUCUGGAGGUGGAAACAUUCUUCAAAAAAUUGCUGCUAAAUCUAAAGCAAAGUUUAGCGUAAAACGCAAAGAUAACAACGCUCUUCUAAAACCUUCCUCAAAUCCUACCCCAAUAUUUAAAGCAAACUCGAAAUCAAAAAUUUUGUAAAUAAAACAAUUUUUUUUUUCCGAAUAUUUUUUGAAUACUA